GUCAAGCUUGAACUGGAACGGAAAAAAAAUGACAACGAUAUGGAGGAAAUUGAGAAAAGAAUUGAAAAAACCACUCAAGAGCUGCAGGAUCUGAUCAGAAAUAAUGGAAAUUACCGUCAUACUUUUUUAUGGGGCUUGUUCUCAUUUGGUCGAUACUAUAACGAUGCUGCUAUUCGUGCUAAACAAGCUGAACUGAACCGUCUUGCCUCUGAAAAGGACAGUCUGCGCAACCAAGGGUGGAACAUCAAAAUCAAACUGACUGAUCUUCAGCUGAAGUUGGCCAAUUGCAAAAUACAACAGGGUGUGAUUCCCAGUCCUGUUCACCUGACGGAAGUCCAGACGUGUCUUGAUCAAAUACGACAAAUUCUGGUUGAUCUUAAAAAGUUCUGGGAGAAAGUGGCUGUUAUGCUGGACUCUGUGAAAGACAAGACCUUUGUUGGGGAGGAUCUGAUUGAAGAGCUGGAAGACCUGAAGGAGGAGUUUCUGAACUCCAUUGAAGACGCAAAACAGUACUGGAAGAGAUUUGGUGCAGGCUGUCAGAGAGCACAGAACAUCUUCAGCAUUCAGUCUAAGACUGCAUAUAAAUUCCUGGAGGUCAAUCCGUCUUCACUCUCAGAGGCUGAAAGGAUUGAGCAGUACGAGUCUAUCAUGGAGAAGCUGAGGGGGAUCAAUCCUGAUGGCUCGUCCAGAGCCGCCAUCACUGAGUGACAGACAGAGAUCUGAUGCUUCUUUCACACUUUAAACGCUCUUUAUAAGGCAUACGCAUAUUAAUGCAUACAGCUUAUAUUGGCAUUUCUGUAACUCUUUGUAAUCUUAACAAUUGUUCUUGCACAUGUUCAAUUACAGUUCCACAUACAUAUAUACUUUAGGGAAUAUUAUUUGCCCAUUUCAGUGUCUCAAUUUAUGACUAUCUCUUUUAAAAUUGGUUUGUUUUGCACUUCAUUAUGGUUUAUAGAUCUUGUGAUCUGUCUGGUCACAUGACUGAUGUCUAUGUCACACAAUAAAGACUAAAGACAUUAAACAUUU